CAAUCUCUCUCUCUCUCUCUCUUCAAAAGUAAAAAUAAAACCGGAAAAAAAUCUCUCUCUCUCUGAAAGUCUCUCUCCUGUUGAGUUGAGUUCUGUUUCAUUGUGGUGCUAGCGUGCGCGGAGCUUACUUCCUUAUCGUGCGCCGCCGCCUGAGGAUGUCGCCGGCGGGCAUUCUCAUCAGGAUAUCGCGUUACCGGCAGCGUGCCCAGUAGCAGGCAGGGGGAAGUAGAUCAGCGGCGGCGGGGACUUGAGUCAGCAGAGCCCGAACCGGGAUGGACGGCCAGAAGACCCAGUCAAAGCUCACCAGAACCAACUCUUCCCUCCUCCGCUCCUCCCCCACCAUCCGAUCCUCCAUCCACAGCCUCUCCUCUGUCGCCGAGGCCGAGGAGGGGGCGGGGCUCACCACCCCACUGCAGGCGGACGAGGCCAAUCCCAAGCUCAAGUCCAAGCCCCGGAAGGCCGGUUCUCUCCGUUUCAGGACCGGCUCCCGCCGGUUCGGAUCGGUUCUGGCUGUGGGCACGCCGGUUUUCUACUUCUUCUCCCUCUACUCGAGGAGGGAGGAGGUGGCCACCUCGGAGAACCUCCUCCUGGCCCUUAUCUUCAUUGCCAUUGCCCUCUUCUUUGUAACCAAAAACAAGGCUUUCAUCCUUCUCACUGCGCGGCGGCUCGUCCACCCGAAGAACCAGAACUCCGGGAAGCCGAUUCAGUGGUUUAUUGGCGAGGAGGUAGACACUUCUGCUGCAGCUGCUGCAGAGGCCGCGCCGGAGACGAAGAUCACGCGCGAGGGGGUGGAGUUCUAUAGCAAUGGCGACUACUACGAGGGAGAGUUUUACAGAGGGAGGUGCAAUGGUAGCGGGGUUUACAGCUACUAUCUGGCGAGCGGGCGGUAUGAGGGGGACUGGGUCGAAGGGAAGUACAACGGGUACGGGAUCGAGAGCUGGGCGAGGGGGAGCAAGUACAGGGGACAGUACAGGCAGGGGCUGAGACACGGGCUCGGGGUUUACAGGUUCUACACGGGGGACUCGUAUGCGGGCGAGUGGUGGAACGGGCAGAGCCACGGGGUCGGAGUCCAGAGCUGCAAGGACGGUAGCUGCUACGUCGGAGAGUUCAAGUGCGGGGGCAAGCACGGCCUUGGGUGUUACUAUUUCCGGAACGGGGACAGAUACGCAGGAGAGUACUUUGGGGACAAGAUCCACGGUUUCGGGGUAUACCACUUCGCCAAUGGCCACUGCUAUGAGGGAUCGUGGCACGAGGGCUGCAAGCAAGGAUAUGGAAUGUACACCUUCAGAAACGGAGAGACGAGGUGUGGGGAAUGGGACUCGGGAACUCUCAAGAACCCUUUGCCCCCGUUGACAGAUUCGGUCCUUAGAGCAGUUCAGGCUGCUAGGAAGGCUGCUGAGAACGCGAUCCACCUCCGGCGCUUGGACGAACAGGUGAACAGGGCUGCCAUCGGCGCAAACAGGGCUGCCACCGCCGCCCGAGUGGCUGCCGUGAAGGCUGUUCAGAACCAAAUGGAAGGCAAAUUUUGCGAUUCGCAUGUUUGAGGCAGAUGGAGUUUUAGUUUUUCUGCUCUUAACUGUAAGCAUUUAGGAAGGCAUCACCCAAAAAAAAAAAAAAGGAGCAAAUGCUCGCUCGAAGAUGUCCCCCUUCUUCCCACUUGCCGCUUUCAUUGAUCACACGACUGUAACUUGUACAUAAUAACCCAACCAUGUGUGGCAAUGAAGAACCUGAUAAUCUUGGAAGAGGGGUUGCGUUUGCUUGAGUUUGAAGUC